GUGCGAGAAGGUGUGUUCUGUUUUGUCUUCUGACUGAGUGGAGGGCUUUGCAAGAGCAAGUAACAGAGUUAGGAGGAGUUGCAGAACAUUAAGGAUGCACCUUCACUAAGGAAGAACCAAGCCAAAAAAGAGAGGCGAUGUCGAGAGACAGAGCCGACGUUCCCGCGAUUGAAAGUUCUGCGGAGGAACACAAAUUGUCAUCGGGAGGUUGGCAGGGCGUGUCUUUUAUGCUGGUGAGUUGUGCCUUCGGAGCUGGUUUGCUGCACUAUCCAGCCGUGUAUGACGAGUGUGGCGGCCUUUUGAUUGGUACGGUCGUGCAAGUGGUGGUAACUUUCCUCUUGGGUUCAACGGCCCUUGCUCUUGCCUACUGUUCGGAUGCCUACGGGGACAGCACGUACAACGGUGUCCUCGAGUCUUGCUGUGGUCCAAGGACCCGGAAUGUGUCCGCCUGGUCCGUUCUUGUCACCUACUUCGGCGUCUGCAUAGCUCUACUUAUAAUUAUCGGCGACCUUACGGACCGCGUGUUUACUUCCGCGUAUGGACAACACUUCUGCCACGAAUGGUUCCUAACUCGCCAAUUCACCAUCGUCACCACGGCUGUAGUGUUCAUCUUGCCGUUAUGCCUUAUGAGAAACAUAGCACUCCUCCAGCGUAUCAGCAAAGUGGGGGUCGUCGUCAUGCUGUAUCCUGUCUUCUUGACUGUCUACUCUUUCUAUACCGUUGAACGCUCAGAAAAUCUUCAUCUGCGUACGCAGCCGGAAACCAUCGUAGACUUUAUGGUCACUAUUCCCGUCUUCUGCUUCGCAUAUCAGAUGCACGAGAUCGUAGUGCCGGUGUACGCUUGUAUGAACAAGCGCGGAAUAAUUGGCUUCACCAAGGCUCUGACCGCAGCACUCGUGUUUCUUUUGAUGGCCUACGUCACCGUCGGCUGCUUCGGAUAUGCUACGUACGGAUACCACGUCAAGCCCAAUAUCAUGCAGAUGUUCGAAGCGUCUGAUCCUGCCGUUCUCUUCGGCAUCGUGGCCCUUAUGAUCAAGAUGGUUGUCACCUAUCCACUCAUUGUGUUCUUCGGAAGGGAGGAGCUGGACAGUAUGUACAUCAGGUUUUACCAUCUCUCAGCCGAGGAAGCCAAUAAGGGAGAGCGGAAGCGAACCUUCAUCGCCUUGGCCAUCUGGUUCUUGGCUCCCAUGUUACUGGCUGUAUUACCCAUUGACCUCGGAAUCGCUUUGAAGUUCUUGGGCUGCCUCUCAAUGCUUAAUAUAUACAUCUUCCCAGGUUUAUGCCUGGUGGGUGUCAUACAUAAGAAGCCCGGCUACCUGCCCCGGGAGCGGUUGAUGCACUUCUUGGGGUGCGUCGUCGUCAUCUUUGGCAUGGUGCUAUCUGGCCUGGUCUUUGUAGAGACUAUCGUUCAUCAUAUGCCAAAGAGCGGGGCUAGCAAUCAGUGCAGCUGACCAAGCGGCUGCAUAUCUUACUCAACGUCAAUGCUGAAGCGGACAUCCUACUAAUCGGGACACCUCUGCCACACGCAUGAUGCAAAUACAGAGCCUUUUACAGUUCC